AUGAUUUCUCUUCGCUCCCUUAUCUUUUUGCUCCUCCUCGCCUUUGCCGCUGCCGGAACCAACAAGGAAGGUCUUGCGUUCCUCGCCAAGAAGGAGACGGAAGAAGGCGUCGUCAAGUUGCCCUCGGGACUCAUGUACAAGGAACUUGUCAAGGGAACCGGAAAGACUCCUACUGCCAACAGUCCAUGCUCCUGUCACUACGCCGGAACCUUGAUUGACGGAACCGAAUUCGAUUCAUCUUACAAGCGUGGACAACCUACUACUUUUGCGCCAAACCAGGUCAUUAAAGGAUGGACCGAGGCUAUGCAAUUGAUGAAGGAAGGUGGCAAGUGGGAACUUUACAUUCCAUCUGAAUUGGCGUACGGAGACCGUGGAGCUGGAGGUCGCAUUCCAGGAGGAUCGGUUCUUAUCUUCAUUUUGGAAAUGCUCGAGGUCAAGGGUGACUCUGUCUAA